AUGCUAUUCCUCGUCAACAGAUUUCUGAGUAUUUUGCUUUACUCUUACUGGGUCGAAGCCGUUGAAAUUUCUCAUCAGGGCUUUUUCGGUGAUCUCUUCGGAGGUCUUUGGAGUGACAGUAAGAAAGUUGCCACCAAGGUUCUGCGUGAAGAUUCGGGCAAAUUCCGAGAUGAGCUCGUUGACUCUGGAGAUGCCCUCAAGAGUACUCUUCUAAGGCAUGGACGUAACGCAGUGGGAUCGCUGGGAAGGGCUUUCAAGGAUACAUGGUCAUCGGCGUUAGACAAUGGCGAGGAUUACCUAGAUAAUGCUGUUGAAGCGGGUAGAGGUGUAGCGACUAAUGCGGGUAUGGGUAUUGCUAGGGGGAUGGCCAGGGCGAGGGACAGAGCAGCUUCCACCAGUGAGCGCCUCCGAGAGCAAGCUGAUAGACUUAAUGCUAUUCCUUCUACUAUCGAUAUGAUCCACAGAGGCGCUCGCAAUAGCAUACGUGCUGGCCUGAACACGAGGAGCCCCUGGAAUGGCUAUAAUGAGAAUUACUUCCCGCGUUCACGCCGCUCGGCCGUCCAUGAUUUCUUUGGGGUGGGUGGUGAAUGA